ACCAUACGUUCCAUCAAGUAGAUCUCUACUGUGUGGUUGGAUUUUACACCAAUCGCUAGCUCCAACUUGGAGAAAUCGACCCCCAAAUCCCAGGGUGUGAAAACCAACAGCUUCAAAAUUGCAGGAAAAAUGCCAGUUCGUAAACAAGAUGCCCAUAGGGCAUUGGAGCUACUGGAGGACUAUCAUGGUCGAUUGAACAGUCAACAGGACAGGCCUCUGCGAACUGCUAUUGAGCGUGUCAUCCGUAUCUUUAAGAGUAGACUAUUCCAAGCCUUAUUAGAUAUUCAAGAAUUCUAUGAGGUGACAUUAUUGGAUGACUCCAAGACAAAUCAACAGAAAACACUUGAGACAUUAGAAAUUGCAUCAAAAUGGGAGCACAAUACGCCACCUAUAGUUGGAACAAAUCAAAAUUCAGAGCGCUACAGAUAUGAGGAUGAGCUCCCACCACCCCCACCUGAACUGAUGGAUAAGAAGGCACAAGAAAAUAAAUCACAGAAAACAACCACCACAGUCACUACAACAAAACAGGUUACUCAACCAGUGAAGACACAGCAGCCCACAGUUGCAAAAGAGCCAAGCCCUGCACGACAAGUACCACCCCCAACAAAAGUUAUUGUACCCAGAACACCUCCAGGUGUACAGAAGUCACAGCCACAGGCAGUGGACCAACUAGACUCUACAACACCACCUACCAUUGUAAACGGCAACUCAACACCAAUAGAAUAUGAAUAUGAAAACAUAAACUUGAUCAGAGGGUCAGCUGGUCUAGGAUUUUCAAUAGCAGGAGGUACAGACAACCCACACAUCGGAGAUGACCCCUCUAUCUAUAUCACCAAAGUAAUCCCAGGUGGAGCUGCAGCAGAUGAUGGCAGACUAUGUGUAAAUGACAUCAUAGUGAGUGUAAAUGACAUCACAUGUGAAAAUGUGACGCAUGCAGAUUCAGUUGAUGCACUGAAAAGAGCUGGAACAAAUGUAAAUCUGUUCGUAAAGAGACCUAAGACUGGUGAUGACAAAGUCGUAGAAUACAAUCUAAUCAAAGGCAGCAAAGGAUUAGGCUUCAGUAUAGCAGGUGGUAUUGGCAACCAACACAUUCCAGGUGACAAUGGCAUAUUUGUCACCAAAGUCAUAGAAGGCGGUGCAGCUGAGGUAGAUGGAAGAUUACAGGUGGGAGAUAAACUGAUAGCAGUAAAUGAAGCAAACCUAGAUAAUGUCACUCAUGAAGAUGCUGUUGCUGCAUUAAAAGCUACUAAAGAACAUGUGAAAUUAACAGUAGCCAAGCCUAAGUUUUAUGCUGAGCAUGAGUCUCCUCCUGAAAGUUCACCUCCCCCUGCAACUCCCCCAGCUAAAACAGAGUAUGUCCAAGAGACUGUAACCACGACAACCAAGACCACGUAUCCCACAAGUACGCCAAAAGCUGGUGGCCCUGCCCCUGGACCUAUAGAGGCAGACGAAAGUGUUCCUACUAGGGAACCAAGAAAGAUUAUCCUCCACAAAGGCAACAAUGGUCUAGGGUUCAAUAUCGUAGGAGGAGAAGAUGGCGAGGGAAUAUUUGUGUCGUUUAUCGUGGCUGGCGGCUCAGCUGAUUUGAGCGGUGAACUAAGACGGGGAGAUCAACUUUUAGCUGUCAAUGACACAGAUCUAAGAGAAGCUACACACGAACAGGCGGCAACAACAUUAAAAAAUGCCGGAGACACAGUUGAGAUUGUGGCCCAGUAUAAGCCGGAGGAAUACAACAGGUUCGAGGCGAAGAUUUACGAUCUUCGGGAACAGAUGAUGAACACUUCGACAGGGAGUCUGCGAACCACCACAAAGAAAACUCUAUAUGUCAGGGCUUUAUUUGACUAUGACCCUACUAAGGACAGCGGUCUACCUAGUAAAGGCCUACAGUUCAAAUAUGGUGACAUCUUACAUGUUACAAAUGCCUCUGACGAUGAAUGGUGGCAGGCACGUAUCAUCACCACAGAUGGGGAGGAAGAGGGAAUGGGGAUUAUUCCAAGUAAAAAACGAGUGGAGAGGAAAGAAAGAUCUCGAUUGAAAAAAGUUGAAUUCAAAGGAAAACAGGGAGAAAAGGCUGGUGAUAAAGACAAAGGCAAGAAGAAAAAGAAGAAGUGGUGGUCCAAGGGAAAGGAACCGAAAGAAACAGAAGAUGUCAGCGCUGAUGAACUCGGAGGUCUGAAUGGGUCUACUGGUGAUUUGAGAGGUGAUGAAGCCAUCUUAACAUAUGAGGCUGUAGUUCAACAAGAACUUAAAUGGACUAGACCAGUAAUUAUACUAGGACCUACAAAGGAUAGAAUUAACGAUGAUUUAAUAUCAGAAUAUCCAGAUAAAUUUGGAAGUUGCAUACCACAUACCACCAGGCAAAGGCGAGAUUAUGAAGUUGAUGGACGAGAUUAUCACUUCGUAGAAUCACGAGAACAGAUGGAGAAAGACAUACAGAACCACUUAUUCAUUGAGGCGGGGCAGUAUAAUGAUAACCUGUAUGGCACCAGUGUGACAAGUGUCAAGAAUGUAGCAGAAAGGCAAAAGCAUUGUAUCUUAGAUGUCAGUGGUAAUGCAAUUAAACGCCUCCAGGUGGCGCAGUUAUACCCUAUCGCCAUCUUUAUUAAACCUAUCUCUAUCGAAUCAAUCAUGGAAAUGAAUAAAAGAAUAACAGAAGACCAAGCUAACAAAACAUACGAAAGAGCGAUUAAAUUAGAGCAAGAAUUUGGCGAAUAUUUCACAGCGGUUGUGCAAGGCAACACUCAAGAUGAGGUCUAUGCAAAAGUGAAAGAAGUUAUUCGAGACCAGUCUGGCCCUACAAUAUGGGUACCAGCCAAGGAGAAACUAUAGAACAGUAUUCUGACUGGACAAUAUAGCCACAACAGAUCAGGAGUGAAUAAUUCCAGCAUUUUCAUUGGUCAGAUUCUGCAUGGAUGAAAUAAUGAACGCUCAUUUGUAAUAGCUAAUAUUUGUCCAGUUCUCAGAGCAGAGAAGUGAAUUUUUAAACACAUUCGAUUGGACAGAACAAUGUUUUAUGUAAUAUUUGACGACCUGUAGCUGUACUUUAUAUGGUGUAUAAACACAGUAUAUAUUUGUGUAUAAAAAUACUGUCUUUCCAUAUAUAGUAGAAAACUCAAGACACUGUAUGAGGAACACCAAUCAUGGAAAUUGAUUUAAAAAUCAUAGAAAUUGAAAGUUCAAGAUGGCGCAAUGGGUGAGAUUUUGUGAUAUACCUUUCUUUCACUAAUGCCCUUAUUUAGCCAUCUUAGAACCAUAUGUGUUCAAAUGCUAGUAUUCUAUAUGUAAAUGACUGUAUAUAACAAAUCUUUAUAAAUAUUGGUAACAAAUAUAUAGAAGAUGUGAUUUUAGUGUAUAAAGGGCCUAAUGCCAAAGUAGACUCUUCCAUUUUUGACAUUUGAUAUGUCUUAUAAGUAGUUAUAAAGGGGUGGUAGGAUAAGAUGUUACCACCCUUUUACCCCUUCAACUUAGAUUUAUCUGCAGUAUGAUUUUGGAAUGAAUAGGGGUUGUGUUUGAAAGUUCGAUUACUUCAAAAAAUGCACCAAAAUAUUUCAGCUUUUAUGUAAAGAAUUCACUCAUAACAUGUAAUACAAUUUUUUUUCUUUACAUUUAAAUCAAUAAAGCAAGCCACAGGUUUCAGUGCCUUUACUGAGGUGUUUUCCCUCAUUAAAGGGCAAAUCAUGUCACGUCACAGGUGAAAUAAUUUCUCACAUCAUUGGAUGCAUUUACAACCAACCACUGUAACAUAUCUGACAAACCCCUUAUCAUAAAUAAUGGACUAGCCCAUGCCCUGUAAAUUGUUGUCGAUGUCCCCUAUCAUGUUAUAAAUGAAGGGGUGGUAGGGUGGUGUAUAGAUGUGAUUUAUGUACAUAUUCAGCAAUAUAUAAUGUAAUAAUGCUAUAUUUUAUGUGAUUUCGAAAAAUCAUGUACAAAACAUAAGCUAUAUGUAAAUUUAGUUUUAGCUUCAAUGUGUCAUUUCAUAUAAAGUCUGCUUGAAAUCCACAUUGAUGGAUGCAAACCAGGAAAGUCAAGGUCAGGUCAAAAAUCACAAAAGACUAAAAUUCUAAAAAAAUAUUUUAUAAAGAUAAAAUGCUCUUUGGAUGUCACUCUGCAUUGAACUUUGACCUUGACCUUCAAGUAACCUUGAACUCAGGAUUUUAAGGUAUGAGUUGUUUUAAGUGGUGUAAUAUUUAUAUUUCUGAUUUGGAUGUUUAUUUUUGAUGAUCACAAUUGUAUUAUUUAUCUCAGCAGUUUUUGUGAACCACGCAUACAAUGCUAUCUUUUAGUUAUACAAAUGUUGGAAUAAAUAACAUGUGAUUUGUCAAAAAUAAUUUUUCAAACUGGCAAUAUAAUUUUUUUCAAAUAUGGUGCAUAUAUAAAGUAAAAUCAUCAUUUUGUCUAUAAAUAUUUAUGACAUUUAAAGAUGCAUAUCAGAAAAUGUAUUAUAAUCUAACACAAAUGUGAGAUGAUGCAUGAUGGGAUUGGUUGUCCUCUCUUGCAGACCUCCUUUAUGAAAUUAUUGUAUUCAAGUCAUUUUGUUUUCAUUUCUGAUAGACUUUCCUGAUAUAACAUUGGUUGAACUGUCUUAUACAUAAAGACUAACAUUUUUGAAUGUAAACUAUUUCCAUAUAUAUAUUGACACUUCAAAUGUGAUGCCAUUUAUCAAUUUGAAUUUCAAAUUAUGAACCUGAUACAACGCCAUCUAUCUGUUGUAUCAUGUAAAUUUUAGUCGACAUUAUAUGUAUUUAUAUUAUUUUUUAGGAUUUUUGUAUAGAAAGUGAUAACCCGAAUUCACUAAAUAUUACUUGAAAUUAAGCAUAUAUUUGCCUUGCCAUGGAAUUAGGCAUUGUAUGGCUUGUCAUGAAGUUGAUUGUUUUCACAGUUUACACAACCUUCAUGAAUGGAAUCAUUGUAACAUCUUGUGGUGUGCCUUUUCAGUUAUGUAAUACUGAAACGAUGUAUUGAUUCACAGGAUGUUAAAAUAAUUCAUAAAAAUCUGCAAUAUUGUGGCAGGUCCAAAAACUCAAAAUUCUAAUGUUAAUGAAAUAAUGAUUUGCUAAAUGUAAAAUAAAUUUAAAACAAUCCAUGAAUAUUCCUGAACAGUAUAUGACAGGGUAGGGGUAUACAGGGUGUUCCAAAAGACACUCUGCAAAAUUGACAAAAUGCCAGCACCAGUCCUGUUAUUACUUUUGGAACACCCUGUAUA